AGUAUUUUGGCUGGGUUGUUACCUUAUUUUCCUGCUGGAUGCUCUACGAAGCAGUUGCUUCAUUUUGGAUUUGGAUUUGAAAAUCCCAAUACUUUUCGCCAAUACGACUAUGGAGUAGCAAAAAAUUUAUUAAAAUAUAAAUCAGUAACUCCUCCAGAAUAUCCCCUGGAAAAGGUUACAGUGCCUGUAGCCAUUUACCAUGGAACUAACGACUUCUUAGUUGACCCAAAGGACAUAGCCUUGCUUGAAAACAAACUGAAAAAUAUUGUACGAGUUUCAAUCUGCAACGCAAGUUUAAAUCAUUUUGAUUUCAAUUAUGGUAGCAACAUACGUAUGGAAGCAUACAAUGAUGCUCUAAAAUUGAUGGAAGGGUACUAAACUUAUAAAUAGAAAAAGGAGAAUUAUUUAUU